AUUUGGCCAGAUUUCCAGCCCAAUCUGGCAACACUGUGGUCCGUGACUCGUACACAGACAAGAUGGCGGCUUCACUGGAGGAUGAAUUCGAAGACGCUCCCGACAUAGAAGCACUGGACCCGACAUUGAAGAACAUCAUCGAGCAGAAGUCCUUAAAAUGGAUCUUCGUCGGCGGGAAGGGCGGCGUGGGGAAGACGACGUGCAGCUGCAGUCUGGCCGUCCAGCUGGCCGCCGUGAGGGAGAGCGUCCUCAUCAUCUCUACAGACCCGGCGCACAACAUCUCGGACGCCUUCGACCAGAAGUUCUCUAAAGUGCCCACGAAGGUUAAGGGUUAUGAGAACCUCUUUGCGAUGGAAAUCGACCCCAGUCUGGGCGUGGCGGAGCUGCCCGAUGAGUUCUUUGAGGAGGACAACAUGCUCAGCAUGGGCAAGAAGAUGAUGCAGGAGGCCAUGAGCGCCUUCCCCGGAAUCGACGAGGCCAUGAGCUACGCCGAGGUCAUGAGGUUAGUGAAGGGGAUGAACUUCUCGGUGGUGGUGUUCGACACCGCCCCCACCGGACACACCCUGCGCCUGCUCAACUUCCCCACCAUCGUGGAGCGAGGCCUGGGCCGCCUCAUGCAGAUCAAAAACCAGAUCAGCCCCUUCAUCUCCCAGAUGUGUAACAUGCUGGGUCUGGGGGACAUGAAUGCCGACCAGCUGGCCUCCAAGCUGGAGGAGACGCUGCCCGUCAUCCGCUCCGUCAGCGAGCAGUUCAAGGACCCGGAGCAGACCACCUUCAUCUGCGUGUGCAUCGCAGAGUUCCUGUCUCUGUACGAGACCGAGAGGCUGAUCCAGGAGCUCGCCAAGUGCCAAAUCGACACGCACAACAUCAUCGUCAACCAGCUGGUGUUCCCCGACGGAGACCGGCCCUGCAAGAUGUGUGAGGCGCGCCACAAGAUCCAGUCCAAGUACCUGGACCAGAUGGAGGACCUGUACGAGGACUUCCACAUAGUGAAGCUGCCCCUCCUGCCCCACGAGGUGCGCGGCUCAGAGAAGGUCAACACCUUCUCCAAGCAGCUCCUGGAGCCGUACAAACCCCCCAACAAGUGAUCCCCGGACCCGACAGGACAGCACACAACCCCCCCCCCCCCCCCCCCUCCAUCCCCUCGCCCAUCGCCCCGGCAACAGCCUCAGCCUCAGCACCACCACCACCAUCCUCCUCCUCAUUAUCCGGGAGCCAGACGUAUUUACCGACAGAACAAUUUAAAUGUACACACACUUAACCGGCAAAGUCUGGAGGAUUUGCAUCCAUUUCUUCACACAUACACACGUUUCAUACACUUGAUCAGAAUACGCUUCAUCACAGGUCGCUCUCUACUCUCUCCUCGUUCCCGCUCCCUUGUGUCAUGUGACCCCCCCCCGUUUGAUGUAGUGGUGGACCUGUUGGGAGACCUGAUGGUUCCAUGGUGAAACUGGUCCUACUGUUGAUGCUUGUUCUGUGCGUGGCUCCCCCAGCUGUGGGUCUGACCUGAACGUCCAUCCCCCAGAGUAAAGCGUGGCCCGUGUGGGCUCACAUGGCGCUGUGUUUCCUUUCUGCUCCUUCAUUCAUGAACCGUUAAUGAAUGCUUUCGUUUUUUUAUUUGACCUUUUUAAGAGGCAGAAUGUUUUGAAUCCAGCAACAGGUAGAGAGUUGACAGGGCUGUGAAUAUUAUCACAGAGAAGUGUCCUUUUGCUGUCUAGAAUGUUCAAUCUCUGCAUUUACGUACUCGAUGGUGGCAGAAGCAUUUAUUACGAAAUAUUGUGCAGGUUUGGGAGAUUUAAAGGAUAUGAAAGGCAGUUACUAUGAGAUAACGUGAUUAUUAUCCUAGGGUGAUUGGAUUGGUAAAAGGUUGAGUAUCUGAAGGAGAUUAAAGAGUUAAACUCUCAAACCCACUGAAACAUAUAGCUGCAUUGGUGAAGAUUAUUAAAUGUAUUCUGACUCUCUUUGUAGAUUCAUCUGCAAAAAGGUAAAGACAAUAAAAUGUAAGACUAUACUCGUAAAGCUACAGAAAGGCUUGCAUUUGUUCAUUUAAUGCAUCAACAAUGUCAACUUUAAAACAUAGUAUUUAAAAGCUUACUAUAGGAAGGAACUAAAAAGAUGUAUCUGGCCUAGAAGUUCACUCUGACUAUCCCAUCCUAGUUUUUUUUUCUUAACAUUAAAUACACUUAAUUAACAUUCAAUACAUUGCGAUUAACAAAACGAAUAAUUUUCCUAUCUUCAAUCAAAAUCAAUAAGACAAAAGGCUUCUGCAAUGGAUUGCUUCCGCCUCAACGUUUGCUUCCACUUUGCGAUUUGAUUGCUUUUUGGUUGUUGUACAUCUAUUUUAGAUAGAUUUUCCUUAACUUAUUUUGUGACCAAAUAAAAUACACCUACUUAAUUGGCAA